AUGGGUGUGCACGCCAACAAAGCCAAGCCAAUCCACGCCCACCUUGAUUACGAGCCUUUACCGCAUGCGAGCGAGUACCUGCGCAUUCUCAGCCUGCACGCUGGCAACGCAUGGGAGCCUAUUCGAUGUAGCCUUCGUCCAGUCAGCUUCCAUGAGAAGCCGCAUUAUGACGCUCUGUCAUACACCUGGGGCGACCCAAACGCCACGAAGCUGAUCGAGGUCGAUGGCGUCGCGGUCAAAGUUACCUCCAAUCUCGAGCAGGCGCUUCGGCACAUGCGCGAUCCGGACAACGACCUUCCGCUGUGGGUAGACGCUGUUUGCAUCAAUCAGCUGGAUCCGACGGAGAGGUCGCACCAAGUGGCCCUCAUGGGCAAGAUAUAUUCCGGAUGCGCCCAAGUACGGAUUUGGCUAGGCUGCGAUGCCUCGCGAUGCCGCCUUGGCGAUGGAGCGAAUGACAACUCAAACGGAGCGGAUCCAUUCGAAAUCGUACGUUUGCUAGCGAGUGGCCGCCAUGUCUAUGAAUGGCAAUGCUUUGAACCCCAAGCUCCCGAUACAGCUGUCUACAAGCCCGAUGACGACUUCAAUCCUAUGCACUUUGUACUUUGA